GCUAGAGUCAAUCGGAUUCUGGGAUACUCGCUUCAGCGUCGAGUCAGGAUGGCCUUCCGCUUCGCGUGCAUUGCAGCCUUAGCUGUUGCCAGUGCCAAUGCUGGCAUCAUCAGCAAUGUUCACUACGGCGGUGCCCAACACGCCUACAGCGCUGUCGGCCCCAUUGUGGCCUAUUCAGCACCGAGUUUUGUGAAGACCGUCCAGACUGCUCCGGCAUUAGCAGCCACUUAUGGCGCAGUCCCUGUUGCCACCGCCCACACGGUGCAACCUGUUCCGUCAAUCGUGAAGUCUGUGUCCGUGGCCUCUACGCCCACUGUUGUUAAGACUGUCGCCCCUGCUCCAGCUCUUCUUAAGACUGUGUCAGUCUCUGCCGCUCCUGUUGUAGCCACUGCCCCUGCUGUUCCUACGCUAGCUGUGGCAGCCCCUAUCGUCUCGUACGCCGCCCCUGUGCCUACCGGCAAGACCCACACUGUCACCACUCAGGCCGGCCGUUCGCACAUCCACGUCGAGGAGUACCAGCAGGGCCCCCUGGUUGUCCGUGUCCAUGAGCAGCCAGCUCCAGCCCCAGAAGUCGUCCGUGUGGCUGCUCCAUCAGACCCACAGUCGCUGAUUCGCGUCAUCAAUAGGGCUGCCCCCGCACCCACCGUUGACCGUGUGGUUCAUCGCAGUCACGACGCCAACGUCGUUGACAUUGCUAAGCCUGCCCCGCCUCCCGCUCGCAUCGUGCAAGUCGUUCGCCAACAAGGACCUGCCCCACGAGUCGAAUUCAUCAACGAAGAGGGCCAUGACUCCGUCCAUCAUCUUGAAGCUCAGGAGCCCGCUAUUGCCUACGCAGCCCCUGCUGCCGCCGUUGUCAAAACCGUCCACGCUGCUCCCGCGGUGGCCACCACCUACGAAGCCCCUGCCGUUGCCACGACUUAUUCUACUCCCGCAGCCGCCGUCAAGACCGUCCAUGCUGCCCCUGCCCCUGCCGUGGCCACGACCUACCACCACGUGCCCGCUAUCUCGUACGCGGCUGCCCCUGCUGUAUCCGUCCACAAAACGUUCGGUGCUACCCCCGCUGUUGCCACCACCUAUUCCACCAGCACCUACGGAGGCCCCGUUGUGUCGACCAUUGGCGGCUUCUCCCAGAGCUACGGCAACACUGUCGUCCUUGACGCCAACAAGAAGGCUAAGUCUGCUUAAUUUGAGAUGUCAUUGGAAUUCAUUUCGUUAAAAUUACGUGAUAUAGAGAUUUCAAAUAUAGCUUCGAUGUUUAACUAGGAUAUGUAAAUAGAAUAACAUGCCCGUAAGGGCUUAACAGCAAUAGUAUAAAGUCGGAUAUGGGAGACGUAUUGCCAAAGGCAAGCAUUUCUGCGGUAGUAACAUCAAUAUAAACUGCAUACAAUUAAAUGCGCCUGUAUCUUCAUUUAGCAAAUUUAAGCUAGUUUUAUUCAUGCAUCGUCUUUUGUUAUACUUUCUACAAUUGAAUUUGUUAAGCAUCUCGAACGCGUUUGCCUGGUCAAACUUAUAUAACGAUGACAACUUAACUAGCGCUGCGCGGAAGGACGCUUGCAAAUAUAUAAACAUGUUUAUUGGCUUAUUUUUGGUAGGCAACACUGACGCUUUCAGUUAAACCAAUCGUUGGGUUAACGUGCUCGAAGCUGGAUUGUGUAUAAAAUUUAUAACAACCGAUAACUAGCAGAACAAUGGCCAUGGAAGUCGGAAUCUAAAAAAACUAUAACAAAUGACCUGACCCAGAAUGCCUAGCCUAGAAAUGCAUCGAACUUACAGAGGGUAGAAGGGUAAUGUAAUAACAUCAAAAGCUUUUGCUCUGACUAUAACUGCUCGACUAAUUAAAUCCGUCUCGAGGAGAAAAAAUGAACAAGAAAUUACCUAUGUGGAAAGCAUAUACGGAUAUAGGAUAGGUAAAUUUUCCCCCAUCAGCUGGGUGUUUUAUGCUAUUCAUUAAUCGAGAUAAUUCCUUCGGAAUUUUCGCAGUUGUGCCAUGACAGUUAACGGCAUACGUAUAUUUUUUCCGCCCGUGAUUGUUUUUUGUUAUGCUCCUGAAAGUAAUUCGUUCUAGCAACGUCUAUAACAUAACAGGCGAUAUGUAUCGUAUAAUGUAGCGAUAAUGUCGUACUCAGAAUUGGCUGUAAUCGUUAUCGUCAUACCCGGACAGUCGCAGGUGACGACAUUAAAAGUUAGUAAAGAAAAGUAAAAGAUAUUGAAGGGACUGUAUUUUACCCGACGUUUCACUAACGAUUAUUGUUAUGACUGAGAAAAAAUUAGCCUGCCUGGACGUAUUUCGUAUAGAAUUCAGUUCUGAUCUGUUUGUUCUACGAAAAUUACGAUCGCUUACAUGCAAUUGGGCAAUCAUCACACGUUUAACUUACGACGUUAGCUAUAAUUGGCAAUGAAUCAAAUCUGUCGAGUCGAAGUUCACAGAUCCAUGAACAUUUGGCUAGAAGGACUCUUACUACCAUUCCGAAACCGGCCCUAAUUUCAAUUCCUUUGCUAUUAUCUUUAAUAAUUAUCGAAUGUCAUCUCGAUUUGUCUUCGAUCGCGUGAUGGUUUCUAUCCAUCAAAUUGCGGGUGUCAUUAAAAAUGACGUAUCGUACACGAUCGUAUGCAUUUCAAAGGGUGCAGAAUUUCAAGUUAGCGAUGCUGGCUUGUCCUGAUGCCUUAUUUUUAUUUUUCAAACACAUAAAAAUCAAAUGAAUACAACACGCAGAUUUUUACAACCAGCCGUGCAGUCAGGUGGACGGUAUGGUGCACAUGUUUUGAACAAAUGCACAGUAGUUCAGCUUGACGAGUUUUCACGGGCCAACGUCGAGUCGCAGAUAUAGAACGCCUCUGUCUGCCAUUUUACCAUGUUUGUCUGAAUCUUUUUGACACCCCGAGCGCUCAAUUCUGGGGUCGAUCAUUGCUAUCGUCUGCUGAACCGAUUGCGUCACCCAUGUUCUGGCACAAACAAAAUUACUGCGGGCGUUCGUUACUCAAGUCGCGCGUGUUCUCUCAUUGGCUUGAUGCGGCGUCCUGCUUCCGACAAACGGCAAGCCCUACGUCGGCUUUAGAUAUGUCCGCACGAGCGUUUUAGCUCUGGGUCUACUGUUUCCAGCAGCGAAGUAAGCAACUGCAGUAGUUCGUACAACGAAGACGGGGAUCGGUACCACAAAACUCUUGUUGGCCUGAAUGGCCCAAUUCGACUCGCCGCACCCUUUUAAUGGCCAGAAGAGCUCCAUAGCAGCAGAAGCAUCAGACGGCAAAAAUUGUGUACUCAUCGCACAACUACCGCAUAUCGAAACAGCCCUGCUAUAAGAGACGUGCCGCUUGCCAAGAGCGAUUCAGUUGGUCUUCAUUCGUGAGUUUGCUCGGUAGAAUCACAGCCGUGAGACGAUACUGUUAGAAAAUCAAGCGCUCAGCAUCAGUGGGUAGGUCGCGGGAACUUUCUGUGCGCGACGUCGCCCAGUGAGCUUAAGUGAAACCGUGUAACACCUUUCGGACAUUCGACGGAGCCUAGUUAGACAAAACCAGCCAAUAUGGCUUCGACGAUACAGAGUCUGCUACUAUGCACAAUAGGCAUUUGUGCAAUGUUGGCGUCCUCGGCACAAGCGCAAAGAAGCCCACUCCGCCGGUUUGGAUACCCAAACGACAAUUUUGUUGACCACGAAUGCGCCCCAGUGGGUCGUUGCCCACGACCCUGCAGACUUGGAAAAGAAAUUACUGGAUGCGCUCUUUGCGUUUGCCCUCCCGCCUGCAAACCAUGCUUCAGCAACUGCUAUUUUCCGUCGAGGCCUGACGAGUGCCCCCAAUGUGCCUACGAUUUCUACUGCGAGUUGGGACACGAUUCGAUCUAUCCGGAAAUAAGCUUUGCACCUGGACUCGGACUGGGCCGGUAAAGUUACUAUCUCGCAAAAGAAGCGAGACUAGGUGCCAACUAGUCCGUCAUUCUUGGAAAGCUUCUUCUCAAACAAGGACUAUUGUUGCUAAAGCGUGACUGCGAAAACGAAAUUCCACAAUUAAAUGUGAUGAAAAUGUAUAUAUACUACAACCAUGAUGAUAGUAGAGGACGCGUUGACUGAUCGAUGAAGUAAAGGAUAUUUAUUAUAUUUGGUAAAUAAAAUUGACAUUUUGUGUUGGA